AGGGCGGGUUCUACCGUCGCAAUCCAAGGCACGAGACAGACCAAACAUUACCAGCCGUUAGUGCAGAUUAAUGGCUUGAAAAUAAUACAAACCUUCUCCGGUACUUUGAACCAAAAUUAUAUAAAUUCAUUAAUUACUAAAUCAGCUGAGAUGCGGAGGGUAAUGUCCGGAAUGAACAGAGUGGGAGUCGAGGAUGAAUUUGUUGUUGAAAACGUCAAACAGAACUGGAAAGAUGGAGGGAGGAGGAGUGGCGGCGUGAUGGAGAUCGUCGGGGCGGUGCUGACCGUGUUGUCCGUGGUCUUCAUCCUCUUCACCUUCCCCCUCACAGCCUGGAUGUGUGCUAAGGUCAUCCGGGAGUAUGAGAGGGCUGUUAUAUUCAGACUGGGCCGUGUUGUUAAAGGACGAGCUAAAGGACCUGGUCUGUUUUGGGUCAUUCCCUGGCUGGACGUCAUCCAGAAGGUGGACCUGAGGACAGUAUCCUUUAACAUCCAGCCACAAGAGGUUCUGACUGCAGAUGGGGUGCCUUUAAAGGUGGAUGCUGUCUUGUUUUAUCGAGUAGUGGACCCCUCCCUCUGGGUGAUGCGUGUUAAAAAUGGCUACCAGGCCACGCACACGCUGGCCCAGACGACCCUUAGGGCCACACUGGGUGCACACACUCUGACAGACAUACUGAUGCAGAGGACGGGCAUUUCAAAGAGGAUGGAAGAGGUGCUGUGCGCUGCAUCCAGACUGUGGGGCGUUCAGGUGGAGCGGGUGGAGCUGAAAGACCUGACUGUCCCUGUCAGUCUGCAGCGCUGCAUGGCUUCAGUGGCUGAGGCAGCCAGGAACGCCAGGGCAAAGGUGAUUGUGGCAGAAGGAGAGGUGAAGGCAUCCCGUGCUUUAAAGGAGGCAGCAUCAGGACUUUCCCCCGUUGCUCUCCAACUGAGAUACCUGCAGUCAUUGUCCUCCGUCCAGAGCAGCGCGUCCAUCGUGGUCUUCUCUCUCCCCAUAGAGCUCCUCGACAUGUUUAUCCCCCAUCUUCCUUAGCUCUCCAUCUGAUUGUCUUUUCAGGGAGAUAGAGAGGUAGACCGAGCUGUAUAAUGCAGAAGAAUCAUCAAAACAACAAUUCACUAGCUUGUUUAAGUUUCUUCCAGAUGUAUGA